AUAGCCUCUGCAAAAUUACAUGAACAUCCACAGUUUCUUGCUUUUCUUUCUGGGAAUACUGUUUCAGUUUUUGCGCGUUAAGCUUGGAAUGUACAGAAUGCUCAACUGGCCACAGAAUAGAGGUAUUUAUUCGUUUUCACUCUUAUUAGUUCUCCAUUAUCUUGAAUAUGGCAUUGAUUAUUUCAAGCAAGCAUCAGGAGUUGCUUUCCAACAAAGCUGCCAUCUUUCCCAAGAAAGCUAAAUUUGUGGGCUAAAUGCAAAAGCAAGGACAAAGAAUCUGAAAUUUUUCAUCAGUUUGCUUUGCAUGAAAGUUUCCUUGGUCUAAAGAAAUCUUCCUGCAUUAUCUCCUUCAUAUACCUUGAUCCAAUGCAACAUACAUCCUCAUUUAUCAUUUCAUGGAGAACCAAAACACCGGAAAUUCAUCCAACAGGGUGUCUUUCGAUGAACUAGAUCAAGAUGACUGGUAUUUUGCCUUGGCAACAAUAUUCCGAGAACGAGAGGGGGAUUACACCAUGUUUGCAAGAUUUGAAAGUGAUAGCGAAAGUGAUGCCUUGGAAGAAUUCAGCAAUGACAACGAAGGAGAAUUUCUUGAGGGACAUGAUAGCAGUGAUGAGGAAGAUGACAUUAAUCCAGAUGAGCUAUCCUAUGAGGAGUUGAUUACUCUGGGGGAGAUUAUAGGAGUGGCGAAGAGAGGACUCUCUCCAAAAGAGAUUUCUUCAUGCUUGAGUGUGGUGAAGUUUCGAUCUGGGGAGAACAAACGUGAGAUUGAUCGAUGUGUGGUAUGUCAAGUUGAGUAUGAAGAGGGUGAGUCCUUGGCUGCUCUUUGUUGUGGACACCUUUAUCAUUCAGAGUGCAUAUGCCAAUGGCUUCAAAUUAAGAAGGUUUGCCCCAUUUGUGGAACUGAAAUUUCAUCCUCCAUCAGUUUCUCUUAAGUGCUUGUUUAUUAUGAUUUCAAGAUAUAAUUGUCCAAUUACAAUUGAUAAAAUGAUAUGAAAAUU